UCGGCGAAAUACCGUGCCACCGUGCGCCCGCGAUACAAAUAUUCGGUACCGGUACGGAGAGUAAUUUUGUAUUGAACACCUUGGAUGAAACUAGGAACAGGAUUUAACCCAACCUCUGUACUCUCAGACUAUGAUUUAAAGGUGUUCGAUGGGGAUAUAAUUUUUGAGAUGGAGAAGAAGCAACACACCCAAUAGAGAAAAUUCCAAGAGUAGUAGCAGCAGUGCUCAGCAAACCACAGAAAUGUAGACAUAUCGCUGUAUUUUUUCAUUAGUGCUGCGAUUUUCACCCGCCAAAUGCUAGGCGCCAAUGGUGUGAGGUAGUUUUUCACGGUCGAAACAUUUUCCUUUCACACGAACGAAGGGGUGGUGGUGAAGGGGGUGUGAGGGGUGUGGGGGCGCUGCGCACGCGCGCUGCGGACUGCGCCAGGCCAACCCCACAAUCAGCUGUCCUGUCCUGUCGCAUGGUCCGGUGCGCCCUGGCGCCAGGGCCACGGCUAGCGGUAGCUAGCGGCCGCCCUACCCCCGGCGUGUCCACCAGCUCCCGCCCUCGUCGCCGACGGAGCCUCUCACCACGACCGACAUCGCCAUCCAGGGGAGCAGGCGGCUGCCCAGGCGGCUGAAGCGUGGCGCCUGAAUCAGCAAACACCCCGGCGAGCACCAUGAGGCUGAAGACCGCCUCCCCCAUAGAGGAGCGGGUCGUGGGGAAGUACAAGGUGCGCACGGGGAUGGUGACGGUGUCGGACGGCAAGUCACGGCCGCAGCCCAUGCGACUGCACCUCAGCCUGGACACGCUCAGCCUCCAGCGGGAGGAGGUGGACAACAGCGAGCACAAGCCCGCGCCGCUGGACUCCAGGGGCGCCCCCAGGCGGCUCCCCGAGGACUCCAAGGACCCUCAGGACACGGCGGACACCAAGCACCAAGAGCCUCCGGGGAAGAAGGGCAGAUCGCCGCCACCUCUGGACGCUUCGUGCGCCGUGGUCUGGCUGAUGAUGAAACACCUUCCUGCAGCUGAUUAAUUUAGCUGAGACCACUGCUUUCGUAAGGAGGUGAGGGGGUGGUAGAGAACGGGUGGGAGGGCCAGGCGAAUACAGAUGAGCAGCAUGGCUCGAUCACGUUUCAAGAAAAUAUAUGAAAAAUUCACGCACGCGUGUGCUCGGGCACAGCUGGAUCGUUUGUUUUAUGAGUGGACGCUGCGGACGCUGCGCGGUGAGAGCUGGGAACUUUGAGGGGGGUGUGUUGGGGGUGUGGGAGUGUAGGGUAGAGCGUAGGGAGAUGGGUGCGAACACUUUGUCAAUUUUUAAUGGAUAUUAACU